CGUUUGUGCUGGCGCCACGUCAGAUCUGCCCCCCCUGUAAAUAACACAGAGGGGAUGUCAGCAGCUUUCUGCGGCUGUAAGUGUGUUUUUCACCAUGUUCUGUUUACGGGUGAGCUGCUUGCUGCUGAGUGUGUCCGUGGUGUUUGGAACAGAGCUCACCUUUGAGCUCCCUGACAACCAGAAACAGUGUUUCUACGAGGACCUGGACAAAGAUGUGAAGUUUAACAUAGACUUCCAAGUCAUUUCAGGAGGUAACUAUGACGUGGACUGCUUUGUCACUGAUCCCCACAACAAUGUCCUGUACAAUGAGAGGAAGAAGCAGUACGACAGCUUUUCUCACACCACAACUAAGAAGGGGGUCUACAGGGUCUGCUUCAGCAACGAGUUUUCCACGUUCACGCAUAAAAUCGUGUAUUUGGACUUCCGCCACAGAGACGAGACUCCUCUCCUGGACACCAUGAUGAGCAAAAGUACAGCACUGACCCAGCUGGAGUCGUCCUGCGUUGCGAUUCAUGAGAUCCUGAAGGUGGUGUCCGAGUCUCAGACGUGGUACCGACUCAGAGAGGCAUACGACCGCACCAGGGCGGAGCACCUCCACCAGAGGGUGGCAUACUGGUCCAUCGGGGAGACCGUCCUGCUCUUCACCAUUGGGUUGGGUCAGGUCAUGCUGCUGAAGAGCUUCUUCACUGACAAGAAGGCCUCGGUGGCGGCCUCCACUUAGAGCUGCUCAGCAUGUGAAGGUUU